AUGGUUGGAAUGAAAUUUAUCGAAACAUAUAAAUGUUCGAAUGAGCUAAGCAAUCGUCUUCACUAUCCUCACCAUCGGCACCUUCAUUCACACGAUGAAUUACCAUUAAAUGUCAUUUUUUAUUGUCAUGUUCCAAAGCAAACGCUAAUAAAACCGACAGAAAAAACAGACAAUAUUAUUUUGGAUACUUCGCAAUCAAUUGGACAAACUAGUAAUCCAAUUGCUGAUUAUGAACGAUUAUCAACAGCAAAUCAAACAAUGAAUUAUCAUGAUCAACAAGCAACUGUAGCGAAUUCAAUAGAUUUUUUUAGUGAAAUCAAUCGUUUUAAAGACCGUCUCGAAGUAUUGGAAAGAGAACGUUUUGAACUUGAAGAUAAAGUUCAUCGACUUCAAGCAGAAAAUCGAACUUACAAAACGCAUUUUCACGAUGAAGCUAAUGACUGGAAUGGUUGGCGAUCAAUAACAGCACUUAAUGGACAUCCAACUUCAAUGCCAGUUAAUGAAAAUGAUAUUGAACGAUUGAAACGCCGGAUUGAAAGUUUAGUCAAGUCAAAUGACGAUAAAGAAAGAAAAAUCGAAGAUUUACAAGUACAACUGACCAAAUGUCAAACCAGUCUACCGUUGAUCACAAUCAAAAAGACCGACAAUAGUUGUAAUGGUUAUGCGACACCGAAACUUGGUUAUGAAGCAGAUGGAGAUAUGUCCGAUUCGAAUUCAUUACCAUCUAUUAACAGUGAUAAGGAUUGUCAAUUAUCAAAAAAGCCUUCAUUUGUCUACAAUGGAUAUGAUGCUUAUCCAAAUCAACCGAUGAAACUUGUCUUACAUCGUGCAUCGAGUGCGGAACCAAUGUUGAAUCAUGAAAUAACUCCUAUGCGACAUAUGACAAAAGGAACACUUCCAUCAUCGUCAAAGCGAAGUUUUUCUAAAUAUGAUCAUAGUGGUUAUAUUUCCGAUGGGCCAUGUCAAAAGUAUUCGUUAUCUAAGAAAUCGUCCAGUACGAACUUAGAUCGAACGAAAUCCUCAAGCAUGAAAGGAAUAAAGAAUCUUUUCGGUCGAAUCAUUCGAACCAAUUCGGGACAUAUACAAGAAGAUGAUGAGAAACCAUUUCACCGAGGCGGCUGUCGAGGAACAAUGACGAGUGAAAAAUCAUUGAGUUCACUAGAAUCUACGUUCGCUCAUUGGCAAACCGAACAAAUCGUGAAUUGGUUAUACGGAAUCGGUCUCGGUCAAUAUACAACUGAAUUUCGAAAACAUUUUAAAAAUGGGUUACAAUUAUUGCAUACUUCACCACAAGAAUUAGAAAAAAAAAUCGGUAUGCGCAAUCCGUUACAUAGAAAGAAACUGCAAUUGUGUUUGACUGGUCUGUGCACACGUCAAAGUGAAGCGUACAGUCUCGAUACUUAUUGGGUUCAAAAAUGGCUGGAUGAUAUUGGUUUACCACAAUACAAAGAAUAUUUCGCUGAAUCGAAAGUCGAUGGUCGAAUCCUGAAUAGUUUAACUUUAGAAGAUAUUAUUUAUUUGAAUGUGACUAAUGAACUUCAUCAUUUGAGUAUCAAACGUUCGAUACAAGUUUUACGUUUGAAUGAAUUCAAUCCAACAUGUAUGAAACGACGUCCGCAUCCGAAUGACAAAAAUACUAUCAACGAAAUCAUCUAUUGGUCAAAUCAUCGUGUUAUGGAAUGGUUACGAUCGAUUGACCUAGCAGAAUAUGCACCAAAUUUACGUGGGUCUGGCGUUUGUGGUGCUCUGAUUAUUCUAGAAUUACGGUUCAACGUAUCAACAUUAGCAGAAAUUCUUUCUAUCCCAUUGUCGAAAACACUGCUGCGACGACAUUUAGCGAUGCGGUUUCAAGAACUGAUUGGCAAUGAUUUGCAAAAUCGUAAGAAUCAAUACGAAAAAUCUCCGAAUUGUCAACCAUUGACUUUGCAUACGAAGAUUAAAUUUCCACGCGGAUUAUUCACUCACCGACGUACACGUUCAGUCGAAACGGAUGAACUUGUUUGUCCGAUGGACGAAAAUGGAAUUCCAAAUGGAAUUUCAACAAAAUUGAAACACUCACGAAGAAAAGAAACAGUUAUGGCUAAUGCAUUAGCAGACGAAGUGGGUUUUUUCCGCUAUGCUCUGCUCUGA